AUGAACUGCGACCGCGCCUACGUCUCGCUCAUCGACUCGUCCACCCAGUACAUCCUCUCCGAAGCCACCAGGACCAUCUCGAUCCGCGACAGCACAAAGUUCGUCGACCCACAAGACACCCUCUUCCUCGGCGUCCAGAGUCUGAACAAGGAAUAUGGCAUCUGCCCGCAGUCCGUCGACAUCUUCACCGACCGCACCGGUCGCCGUGCCAUCAGGUCCCACGAGGUCGUCGCCAACACCUCCCGCUAUGUCAUCCGCGACUUGCGCCAGCUCGCCCAGUACAAGCACUGCCCCUAUGUCGUCGGCUUCCCACACUUCGUCUCGUACGCAGAGGUCCCUGUUAAGAGCGCUUCCGGCCACAUCCUCGGCACCUACUGCAUCAUGGACAACAAGAUCCGCGAAGACUUCUUCAACGACUCGACAAUCGACAUCUUGAACGACAUUGCUGCUUGUGUGAGCGAGCAGUUCGAGCUCCACGCCAUCAAGCAAGACUUCAUCGACUACCUGGAUCUCCCACCUGCCCAAUCGGAUGCGACACUGUCACCCAGCCCCUUGCUCUCCGACAAGCAGAGCCCGAAUGACACCCCGAUGCUGGACGUUACUCCGUCAACUUCCAUGUCCGACCUCUCAUCCUUACCCAGUCCCAACAUCGCUCUGGAUGAAGUCAAGUCUUCAAGCACUGGUCAACCCUUGUCGGCCAGUCAACCGCUGAAAGCCAUCUACUCUGGAGCUGCGAACCUCAUCCGAACUGCUAUGGAUAUCGAGGGUCUGAUGUUCUUGCCAAACCCCAAGCCCAACAGCCGAGUCGCAUCCUCGAUUUGCGAGGUCCUUGGAGACUCUAUCGUACCCGGGGGUUCCGAUCCUGGCUCACCUCAGCAGCCAUUUGCAAUCAACGACGCUUCCCUCAACUACCUCAUCCGGCACUUCCCUCGGGGCUGCGUCUUCGUCGCCGACACUCAAGGCAAUCCCAUUUUCGAGAAGGAAGGUGCUUUCAUUGCCCAAACUUAUACUCAUCGCACAUCGUCCAUAGCCGUCGAGGUCUCUGGCCAGCUGCAAUCGCUGAUUCGAAAGGCGGGAUCCCUGAUCUUCCUUCCGCUAUGGGACAAUGUAGAAGAUCGUUUUAUUGUUGGCAUGCUGGGCUGGUCAAGCAAUCCCACCCGUGUGCUUGGAGAACAGGACAUGACGUGCCUGUCAGCCUUCGGAAACACCUUUAUGACCGAGAUUGCCAGGACCGAAAUGACAGAGCUGGCACGAGCAAAGUCUGACUUCCUCUCGUCCAUCAGUCAUGAGCUUCGUUCACCACUCCAUGGAAUUCAUGCUGCCGUCGAUCUCCUCCAAGACCCCCAGAACGACUCCAAGUCUGAACUGGUUGAGAUGAUUCAAAGCUGUUCUUCGACACUGCUCGAUACUCUAAACCAUGUCCUUGACUUUUCCCGAGUCAACAAACUCACUGACGACGAGCCCCACCCGGAGACGCUUUCCUGUGGCGAAACACAAGAGCUUGCCCAAAACGCCUUUGGAGAUUACAGUCAAGAGUAUCUUUGCGAUCUGGUUUUAGGGGUAGUCGAGGGAUUACACUUCGGUCAAGCCAAGCGAAAGGCUACUUAUAACAAGAUGCAAAACACGCCUAUCGGUCAAUCUGCAGGCCCCGACUUCUCCUUGAAUUCGGCCCUGCUUGUCGAUGGUGCCAACAACAGCUCAUCGACCACAGCUGGACCAACUGUUGCAGUUUAUGUCGACAUUGAGAGCCGAGCAGACUGGUGCAUGAUGCUUUGUGCUGGCGCCUGGAAACGGCUGGUCAUGAAUCUCUUCGCCAAUGCUCUCAAGUACACGAAUGAAGGUUUCAUCGAAGUUGCGUUGAAAGUUAUCAAACACCCGGACAAUCCAGUCAAGCGCACUGCCCAUCUUAUGGUGAAGGACACCGGCAUUGGAAUGGCUCCCGAGUUUGUGCAGCGCAGCCUAUACCAGCCUUUCGUCCAGGAAAACCCCAUCGCUGACGGGACCGGGCUUGGACUCAGCAUCGUCAAGAAGAUCAUUCAGGACUUGCAGGGUACCAUUGAUGUACAAAGCACACAGGGCGUUGGAACUCGCUUUGAUGUGUUUGUACCAAUCCCAGAUUAUGACGAAGCAAAGCACCCAUCUCUGCCCAAUGGUGGCGACAGAUUGGACCCGAAAGCGAUACUGAAGGGUCGCUCUAUUUGCUUGCUCUCGCCCUCGAACAAGCCUGACCUCAAUUCCUCACCUGCACAACUGGACUUGCAAAUGAGACGAACAGCAGCAAUGCACUCAUGUGUGCAGUCCAUUACGCGGCAGUGGUUUGGUAUGGAUGUCAUGACUUGCGGCAAACUGGAAGACGUCACCGCAGAUAUCGUCAUCGCGGAAGAGUCGCUCAUUGCCAACCUACUUGCGACAGAUCCUGAGCUCUCGACGAGACUCGGCAAGCAACGCCUGAUUCUGGUUGAUGCCAAUCCUGGCAAGAAGCUUUUGUCGAAUGCUGUCAUUCUGCCGUACCCGAUUGGUCCAAAGGCACUUGUUCGCGCCCUCUCUUCCAGCUUGACUGAGCCUCAACAUCUUUCACUCGAAAGCGUUGUUGUAUCGGAUCCUAUGACGACGACACCAUUGCCUCCAACCACGACCGCGUUCAGUCCAGAUCUUGAGCCAUCCUUGAAGAAGGCCAAGAACAUCACCACAAUCGCGACGGAGACCACAGCACCACUGAAAGAGGACAUCACUCUUGCACAAAAUCAACAGCACUUCCUCCUUGUCGACGACAACGCCAUCAAUCUCCGUCUUCUGAGCACCUUUAUGAAGAAGCUUGGCUUCUCUGCUGAGACCGCCGUCAAUGGACUGGAAGCUUACGAGAAGUUUAAGUCUACGAAGUUCACCACAGUUCUGAUGGACAUCAGUAUGCCUGUCAUGAAUGGUUUCGAAUCAAGUCGCGCAAUCAGAAGUCACGAGGCUUUGCAAGGACAGCUCAAGCCUGCACGGAUCAUUGCGUUGACAGGACUUGGAUCAGAGGCUUCGAAGCAAGAGGCAAAAAUGAGUGGCAUUGACGAGUUCCAUACAAAGCCUGUCAAGUUCGGUGCUUUGAAAGAGUUGUUGCAGAGAUGA